AUGGAGGAAAACCCGGACUCAAUUUUUCCGAGAUGGGUGGAUUCUCAUCAGUCAGACAGUCUGCAACCUCUGAAACGAACAAAAAGGACCUGGGUUAUCACCACCAUUGAUGUUCAAGAGGAGGACAAAGGACCAUUCCCCAAAUAUGCUGGACAGCUGUCCAAUAACAGAGCGUAUAAUGCAUCAAUAAAGUAUUUAAUCAGUGGACCUGGGGUAGAUGAGUCUCCAGAGGUUGGGCUGUUUUCCAUGGAGGAUGAUGCCAAYGGGGUCGUGUACGUGCAUCGCACCAUCGACAGGGAAAGGACCCCGGCUUUUCAGAUACGUUUUGAUAUUGAGAACAGAAAAUCUGGUGAGCUGUUGGACCGCCCCAUAUUUUUCAAGAUAAAGGUCAAAGAUAUUAAUGACAAUGCACCUGAGUUUUCCAAGGAGGAAUAUGGCACUACAAUAAGAGAGAACCACAGAGAAGAUGAGCCAAUUGUCCAGGUCACAGCUUUGGAUAAAGAUGAAGUCGGCACUGAAAAUUCACAGGUGUCCUAUUCCAUACGUAUGCAAGCGCCCUCUCCAGAUGGACUCACAUUUAAUAUUGAUCCUGCCACAGGAUCCAUAUUYCUGUCAGGAUGCCUGGAUUAUAAGACUGCCAACUCUUUCAAACUUCUGAUUGAAGCCAGUGACCAUGGAAGCCCCCAGCUGUCAUCCACGGCCACAGUGAAUGUUGCAGUUGAAGAUGCGAACAACCACCUGCCUGUAUUUACUGGUGACAAUUACCAGCUUCAGAUUUCAGCAGGAGAAGAACAUCCAGCUGUGUUACGGCUGCAGGUGGAGGAUAAAGACUCUCCCAACACUCCAGCCUGGAGAGCAAAAUACAGAAUAGCAAAGGGCAAUGAGAAGGAGCAGUUCACCAUUGAGACAGAUCCAGCCACGAAUGAAGGCAUUUUGAGUGUUAUCAAGCCUCUCAGCCAUGAAGGUGACUCAGAGAUGAGACUUGUCAUUUCUGUAGCAAAUGAAGAACCUUUCUUCUGGUGUAAAAACAGCAUUGUGAUGACCUCUAAUCUGGAAUCCACAAACACAACUGUGAAMAUCAAGGUCUUACAGUUACAACGUGUUCCUAAGUUUCAUCCUCCUAUACUUACUGUCCAAAAGGAAGAUUCAAUGAAGCCUGGGAGGAUAUUUAGAAACUAUCCUGCCACAUAUCCAGAUGAUGUGCCAAAUAAGAUAAAGUAUGGACUAGCCCAYGACCCAGAUGCUUGGCUGAGUGUGGAUGAGAACUCUGGAGUUCUUACUGUGGCAAAAGAAUUUGAUCAAGAAUCCCCUUUUUUGAACAACAGCCUGUACACCAUUAUUGUUCAUGCUACUGAUCACGGCAUGCCACCACAGACUGGGACUGGCACCAUCCUGCUUUAUUUGUCUGACAUUAAUGAUCAAAUGCCAUCGUUGGUGGCUCCUUCUUUGGAUGUGUGUGACAAAAAAGAAGGGACACCUCUUAUUAUUGAAGCCAAGUCUGCUGUGGCCCAUUCACAUUCGGGGCCAUUUWCAUUUGAGCUGGCUGAGGACUCUGAAGAUGUGAAGCAUAACUGGGCAUUAGGACGGAACUUCGGGCAGUCAGUUGAACUCCUGAUGUUAAGAAGCCUCCCYCAGGGCAGCUACUUGGUGCCCAUCAUUAUUCAGGACAUGCAAGGAUUCUCCACAAGGCAGAACCAGCACAUCAGACUCUGCUUUUGCCCAGAUGGACUCACAUGUGAAUAUUCACCACUUCUACAAUCAGCAGGACUUGGAAGUGGAGCCAUUGCAGUAAUGCUGAUGGCUUUGUUAUUGUUACUGGUUUCCAGCAUUGUGUUUUGCCAGUGUUACCGGUCAGGGGUUAAAAACAAAGCCAUUGUUCCACCUCAGGAAGGUGAACAGACUUUAAUCAACUACAAUGAAGAGAGAAGUUCUUUUAGUGAGGCUGGCCUGGAUAUUGCACAUGCUGCUGCUCCAACACCUGUGUCUGUGAAGGCUGGAAGUGAAAUGAUUGCUGAGCAAGUGUAUUACCAAAGCACGCUGGAAGACGUGGGGGAUGUCUGUGAACCUUGCAGAUACACAGAGGAAGGAGAACCAGAGCCCAGCARCUCYCCCUGCUCCAUCUCCAUUGGCAGUGAAGACUUGCCUGUUGAUUUUUUGAACACUCUGGGACCAWCGUUUUCUGCUCUGGAAGAAAUCUGUCAGAAGUGA